AUGGCCGACAUUCCUGUUCCUAAUCCCGAGCCGUCCCCAAGUGUAGAGAACGGGGUUACCCAGCAGCAUAGGCCCUCGGUCACCUGGAAUUUAAGUUCGCCCAAGGUCAAUCCGGCCGCCACCAAGAGGAUCACCAGUUCUGGCACUUACCCUGCCUCAGCCGUUUUCCGGCGUCAUAGGCUCGGCAGCCGCCCCGAAAUCAACUUAGGGAGUCAGCCGCAGAUCUGCUUCCUGCAGCCGCGGACCUCGCAGCCGAUGGUGCUCUUCAGCUUAAUGAAUUCCAGUGAAGCAGCUGUGACAAAAUUUUUACCCAAGAGCCACUUAUCUCGUGUGAUUAUUCGUGACAACCUCAGUGCACAACGAAUCUAUGAGCUGGAGAUGAAAGCUUCAGAAAAGACCAAGAAAAAGAUGAGUCAUUUGUAUGAUCACCUGAAAAAAAAGUUCAUGACGGACCAGCUCAGAAAGCUGGGGCGCUGGAGACGGGAAUCCACGAAUAUCCGGCAGUACCUGGAUAGUAUCCGGAAUGCAAGAUUCUCCAUCCUAAAAGGAAAAGCCAGACACCAUAGUCCAGGCAGAUGA